GUGUUGCUUCAAAACAACAACCACAGUAACCUGCUCAUCGCGUUGAGUGAGGCUAAUUGCUAUAAAUUGUCUUCGUCUAGUCUCAGUUCGAACGAGGCAACCGAUCGAAGCGGUUCGAAAAAUAUUGGUAGGACAGAGAGCGAGACACGCGGAAUAACGCUAACCAUGCAACCUCGCACCGUACACUUGACGGUGUUGGCCGCCAUCGUUGGUCUGGCAGUGGCAGCCAAUGUGCCAAGCACUCCCGGCCGUAAGCUCAACAUUCCGGCCUUCAACAAUGCCGGCAAAACCAAGGGCCUUGAAAUUUGGCGCAUCGAGAACUUCCAACCCGUUGCCGUCCCGAAGGCCGAGUACGGAAAGUUCUACUCCGGGGAUUCGUACAUUGUUCUGAAUACCCUCGAGGACAAGAACAAGAAAAAAUCUCACGAUGCGCACUUCUGGCUGGGCCUGAAGACUACUCAGGAUGAGGCCGGAUCUGCGGCCAUUCUUACCGUACAGCUGGAUGACCUCCUUGGAGGAGUCCCCGUCCAACACCGAGAAGUCGAAGGGUCCGAAUCGGAUCUUUUCCUAAGCUAUUUCAAGGGAGGAGUCCGUUACCUGGAAGGCGGAGUCGCAUCCGGAUUCAAGCACGUUCAAACCAACGCAGCCCAUCCGAAACGACUCUUCCAAGUCAAGGGAGCCAAGAACAUCCGUCUGCGACAGGUUGAACUGGCCGUAUCCGCCAUGAACAAGGGCGACUGCUUCAUUCUGGAUUCAGAUCGGGACGUUUUCGUCUGGGUUGGACCGAAAGCCAACCGCGUCGAGAAACUGAAAGCCAUCAACGUCGGAAACGAUAUCCGCGAUCGGGAUCACAAUGGACGUGCUACGGUUCAUAUCGUUGAUGAAUUCUCCUCGCUGACGGAUCAGGAGAGCUUCUUCAAGUCGCUGGGCUCCGGGUCACCAUCGACCGUGCCGGAUCAGUCGACGGCCAAGGAAGAUGCGGCGUUCGAGAAGGCAGAUGCCGCUCGAGUGGAACUCUACAAGGUCACCGACUCCAAGGGAGGAAAGCUGGCCGUUGAGCAGAUUACGCAGAAGCCGCUGAAGCAGGAGAUGCUGAAGCCUGAGGAUGCAUUCAUUCUGGACACGGGAUCCGGGCUGUACGUCUGGAUCGGAAAGACCGCUACGCAGCAGGAAAAGACCCAAUCCCUGGCGAAGGCUCAGGAGUUCAUCAAGAACAAGAAGUACCCCGCUUGGACACCGGUGGAACGGAUUGUGCAGAAUGCCGAAACGGCGCCGUUCAAGCACUUCUUCCAGACCUGGCGCGAGGCUGGAUCCACGGGAUCCAGACUGGUGUAAGACUUUAAUAUAUUUUUUUUGGGAAAUGUGGUGCACAUUGCCUUUGCAUGAUAGAAAAAUAUGAAAUUGUUACAACUCAAGUGCUGUGAAUAAAGCAGAUAAAAUUUAAAAAAUGAA